CUGCGGGGCGGGGGUGGGGGUGACUGGGUCGGGAGCCAGAGGGGAGGAGCCAGGGUGAGUGGGUCCCCAGCCUUUAGCCCCCGGAGCCCCAGCUCCCGGGAGUCGCCCCUUUGACUCCUGCGGGGACCCAGGCGGCUGCGGGCCCAGCGCUCGCCCGCCUCCAGCGAGCUCGUCUCUGCCGGUGUGGCCAGCCGAGCUUGACCUUGGGUCGGUAGCCAUUGGGUUGGACGGCCGUGCACGGGAAGCGCCGUCUUCGAGCCUCUUCUCGGUCUCCGAAGCGGACGGCGCUGCGGAGAGCGCGGGCCGCGCCCUCCUGCCUCCCGCUCUCCCCAUGCACCUGCCCGGCUGCGCCCCAGCCAUGGCCGACGGCAGCUUCUCGCUCGCCGGCCACCUGCUCCGCAGCCCGGGCGGCAGCACCUCGCGGCUGCACAGCAUCGAAGCCAUCCUGGGAUUUACCAAGGACCACGGGAUCCUCGGCUCCUUCGCAGCGGAGCCGGGCGCCGGGGGCACCAAGGAGCGAGACCCGAGGCCGGGCGCCAGGGCUGCCUGCCCCAAGGCGCCCGCGGGAGGCGCCCCGCCCGCCCCGCCGCCCGCUCCGGAGUACGAAGGCCCCCGCCCCUACUGCCCCAAGGAGUCCGGGGAGGCGCGGCCGAGCCCAGGGCUGCCCGUCGGACCCGCGGGCGACGCGAAGCUGUCGGAGGAGGAGCCGCCCAAGAAGAAGCACCGGAGGAACCGCACCACCUUCACCACCUACCAGCUGCACGAGCUGGAGCGAGCGUUCGAGAAGUCCCACUACCCCGACGUGUACAGCCGCGAGGAGCUGGCGGGCAAGGUCAACCUCCCCGAGGUCCGGGUCCAGGUGUGGUUCCAGAACCGACGGGCCAAGUGGCGACGGCAGGAGAAGCUGGAAGUGUCGUCCAUGAAGCUUCAGGACUCGCCCCUCCUCUCCUUCAGCCGCUCCCCGCCCUCGGCUGCUCUGGCGCCCCUCGGGGCGGGCGGCGGCGGGCCGGCGGGGGGCGCCCUGCCGCUGGAGUCGUGGCUCGGGCCGCCGCUGCCGGGCGGGGGCGCCACGGCGCUGCAGAGCCUGCCGGGCUUCGGGCCGCCGGCGCAGAGCCUUCCCGCCAGCUACACGCCGCCGCCGCCGCCCUCCUUCAUGAACUCGCCGCCGCUGGGCCCCGGCCUGCAGCCCCUCGCGCCGCCGCCGCCCGCCUACCCCUGCGGGCCCGGCUUCGCGGACAAGUUCCCGCUGGACGAGGCGGACCCGCGCAACAGCAGCAUCGCGGCGCUGCGCCUGAGGGCCAAGGAGCACAUCCAGGCCAUCGGGAAGCCGUGGCCGGCCCUCUAGGGGCGCGGGGCCCAAACCGGGCGCCUGACCCCCCGCCCGGAGCCGACCACGCACCGCAGGCGUGCGCCCCUCUCCCUGGGACCCCGACUCGGCCACGCCUUCCCGUGCAGCCCGAAGCUGCAGCCAGCGUCUCGGGUGCGCAUCCGUCCCGGACUCACCCGGAGGGCUGACCCGCAGGCCGGCCGAGGCCCCUUAGCCACCCCAAACCCCCGGAGACCCCCAGCCUCGCUGCUCGAGGGGGAGCAGCGAGCGGCCCGGCCCUGUCCGAGGGACCCAAAGCGCCCGGCCUCCGCGGUUCCCGGGCGG